UUCUCCCCAGUUUGCCCUAAUUUCUUCCAAUUUCAUUUCCUCUCUCUCCCUCCCCUCCUCUUCCUCCGUCUUGAUUCAAUCUUCAGCCCUCCUUAAUCCACCGCCCGCCGCCCGCCGCCCCUCUCAUACUCAUCAGUUAGCCGCCGGCCGGUGUUGCAGCUUCCAGGCUCAAAGCCGUCGUCGCGCCUUUCUCAUCCUCGGCUUUUAGAUAACUGAGCAACUAGUAAGCUCUUCAUUGUACUGGUUAGUGGGAGAACAGAAGGGGGGCAAUGGAAACUCCGAAAAAGGAAGAAGAUGAGGUAACUACUCCUGCCACUUCCUCUGGGUUUAUGGGUAAAUUGGAACAGAAGUACAGGGAAAUCAAAGAGAAUGCAGAAACAUAUCCUUAUGUGUGGGGCUCAUACAUUGUUGUCUAUGGUGGUUUUGCUCUUUGGACUGGCUAUAGAUGGAGGAAGCUGCGCAAGACCGAGGACAGAGUACGUKCGCUACAAGAGAAGCUCCGUCGGCGUUACGAAGCCGAACAAUCGGCCAGUUCGGUCGCAUCRGUAGAGAAAGAUCCACCAUCUGUAAAACAGCCUUCUUCCAAGGAGUAGCCAGGUUUUGAGCAUAGUUUCUUCAUGUUCCCCUGCCCCCACACAGGUUUUGAGAAUUCCAAUGUGUGKUGAUUUUAGAACUGAGAGAAUAGUUAGAUUUCAUGCCUUUCUGACUAGUAGUUUUUGUUCGGGCUAUAAGCAUUUUCCUGAAAUGUUGAAUAUGUGAGACCUCUGUAGUUAAAAUUAGAGUGGCAUUUUUUUAAAGUUCAACCCGGGUGUAGGAUUCAAAUACCUUAUCUCUCAARGUAAGUAAUUUCUUGAUUAGUUGAGCUGGGCUCGUGUCAGCAAUUAGAGCAACAUCUUUAAAGGUAGCUUUUGACAUUGUUUUGUAUGCUGGAGGUGAUAAAAUAAGUUCAAGAUCACUCUUGGAGCAGUUUUUCUAUGAGCUCCUUUGAUAGGCAUUUUCCCCUUCUUCUGUUGUAUUUCCCAUCAAAUGAAUGAAAACUUUGUUUCUUCUUAUCCCAAAGAAGAAGGAAGAAAAAGGAGAGCUCGGUUCAAGUUCAAAAUCAAUUGUGAAAUGUAAACUUAGGAGACAAAAGAUUGUUAUAUUAUAGUACUAUGAUUUGUCAACAACCUUUGUUGAAGUUUGAGUGUCUGUAUUACAAAGAUUGGAAGAUUUCCCAACUUGUUCUUACUUCUAGCUGCUGCUGAUAGUUUCCCAUUGACAUGGUUCAAUACAAGAACCCUAGUCCAACCUGAAUAUAGUUUAAGUGAUUAGGCAA